UCGACCAUCAUGGCUCCAAUUGCGUACGACCCGGAGAAUAUCUUCGCCAAGAUCAUUAAGGGCGACAUCCCAUGCUACAAAUUGUUCGAGACCGAGCACGUGUUGGCCAUUCUUGACGCCUUCCCGGUAGCCCCAGGCCAUGCGCUGCUUAUUCCUAAGGCUCUGGGUUUCGCCACGGUCACGGACAUGACUCCUGAGGUGGCAGCCAACCUGUUCAAGGAGCUGCCGCGUCUGGCCAAGGCCGUACAGGCGGCCACGGGUGCUGAUGGUCUCAACAUCAUCCAAAACAAUGGUGCGGCGUCGGGUCAGGCCGUCUUCCACGCGCACAUCCACGUGAUCCCGCGCUUCGACAAGGACGGCCUCAUCACGCUACCGAACGGCCCGAGCAUGAUCAACAAGGAGGACGGCGAGGCCAUGCAGACCAAGAUCCAGACCAAGCUCUAGACUACAUGCAGUCAUAGUAUCCACCCAGUUUAGGGUGGACUCUUUCCGUUAGUUGGCAACAAAUUAUUACCCUUGGAUGCUAUUUAGGCAACUAGUUGCAACCCGGUCGUUAUUUUCUCUCAUGACGAGUUGUGUAUUUCAAGAAUGG